AUGGCUUCGAGACAACCAGAAGUGCCUGCUCUAGAGCCUAGUGGGCCUCUAGGCAAGAUGUCCCUGCCCAUCGGGAUGUACCGCCGGGCAUUCAGCUAUGAUGAUGCCCUCGAGGACCCUACACCCAUGACUCCUCCUCCAUCGGACAUGGGCAGCAUCCCCUGGAAGCCAGUGAUUCCAGAGCGCAAGUAUCAGCACCUCGCCAAGGCGGAGGAAGGGGAGGCCAGUGUCUCCUCCCCUGCCAUGACCAUGUCAUCGGCCACUGACAGUGUGGACAAGGCCCCUGUGGUGAAGGCUAAAGCUACUCAUGUCAUCAUGAAUUCUCUGAUCACAAAACAGACCCAGGAGAGCAUUCAGCGUUUUGAGCAACAGGCAGGGCUGAGAGAUGCUGGCUACACACCCCACAAGGGCCUUACCACCGAGGAGACCAAGUACCUGCGAGUGGCAGAAGCACUCCACAAAUUAAAGCUACAGAGUGGAGAGAUAACAAGAGAAGAGAAGCAGCCGGCCUCAGCCCAGUCCACCCCCAGCAGCACCCCGCACUCCUCCCCUAAGCAGAAGUCCAGAGGCUGGUUCACUUCUGGUUCUUCCACAGCCUUACCUGGCCCAAAUCCUGGCCCCAUGGAUUCUGCAAGUGGGGACAAGGACAGAAACUUGGCAGAUAAAUGGAGCCUCUUUGGACCAAGAUCCCUCCAGAAGUCUGAUUCAGGAGGUUUUGCCACCCAGGCUUACAGAGGAGCCCAGAAACCUUCUCCGAUGGAACUGAUCCGUGCCCAGGCCACCCGCAUGGCUGAAGAUCCAGCAACCUUCAAGCCACCCAAGAUGGACAUCCCAGUGGUGGAAGGGAAGAAACAACCGCCACGGACCCACAAUCUCAAACCCCGUGACUUAAAUGUGCUCACACCCACUGGCUUCUAGAGCUCUUUGUAUUCCAGGGACUCUGGAUAGAGGAUAUCUUGUAUCCAAUUCUCUUUUUACCUUGGCUUUGACAUAGGAAAGGUUUCUUUUUUUUUUUUUUUUUUUAACCUCUUAAACCGAGGCUAGAGCUGGAGAUAUAAUUGGGUUUUGAGGAAUGUUAGUGCAAAGCUUAUCCUUGUGUGGAAGAAGCCAUUUUGUAUGGUUUAAAGUUAAAUCCCAGCAGUGAUGUAUGGGGGACCUCAUUACCCAUUUUUGUAUCAUUUACCUUAGACAAGAACUUUGAUCACUGCUUACUAGGUAAAUAAUGUUUGUGUUGGUCCAGAACUGAGGCUUCUUGAUGUCUUUACCACUAUCAACACGUGUGCAUGGAGAAACCAUGAAAUAGAUGUAUUCACGAGCUAGUUUAGACUUUGGCCCUCUUGACUAGUGUACUUCUGUGUGUUCCAGCCUUGUCCGUGGGGUACCUGAGAUCUAUUUGAGCCAGACUCGGCAGGGACCCCUCUCCCUAUGCUGAAACCGGAGCGUCCUUGCCUUUCGGUAGGCCUUACGGAUCAUGUCAUCUUGCAGCCACUCAUCGCCGGAGUGCCUCUUUGGCCAGUGCUGUUGGAGGGAUGCUUCUCUUAUGUGUCACAGAGCAAACACUAGUCUUGCAUAUCCUUUUUUGCGCUUUGAAAAUGAGAGUAACUCACAAUUCGGUUGAAAACUUCCUAAGGGAGGAAAUUUAGUGUACUGGUUUGGUAUAGAUAAAUGGAUGUUAAACUUUUCUGGUAUGGAAGGUGGUACCUACAUUUAGAUUAUAGUCAUUGAGGUUCAUGUGAAACCAGUGUCACCCUAUUUUGAAUUUUUUUUUUCCAUUUUGAUUUUCUUGUUCAGGCGAAGCAUAAAACUUUUUUUUUUUUUUUUCUGAGAGGUAGAAGAAUUUAAAAAUUUUCUAUAUGAAAUCAUUGUCCCCCACAAAGAGCUGCAUACUUUUAUAAAUAUGUAAGUUACUGAAGAACAUUUAUUUUUCCUCUCACCAUGUAUAUGUUCAGUCAUUGUUCUAAACACAGUCUCAAAUUCCCACUGUUUUAUUUUGGAUAGUGUCCUGUCUACAUAAGGACCUGGGCUGACCUUUCCAUAGAGAAGCCCUGGAGUCUAAAAUGAUCAGAAUAAUUAAUUUAUUUGUGUCUUCUGUUCUGUAUGCUUGUAUUUCUUAUUUGUUUUGACAAUAAAAAUCCUUAGUGCUUUCUCAAA